GCAAGACAACGGAAUACUACAAGAAAACUUGACUCGUGUGAAUAAACCAAGUGAAAGAGCCGCUUUUUUAAAAAAAAAAAAAAAAAAAAGCAGUCUACGGAUUUAUAAAACUAACGAAGGAAAUCCAAAGAAAACAAACUUUUGCUACUACUUUACAAAAGGUUGUAGUCUGUUUAUAACUGUAUUUUAUAGUGCGUGUGUGUAAACGAACUUCGCUUAAGGUGACAAAACGAAUUUAAUUUGGCAGCUUUGUUCUAUUGUUUCAUAACUUGAAGUAUGGUGAUGAUGGAGGUGUCUACCAUUGGUAAUACCGAUUUUAAAGUACUGCUGGAUGAAAGCGACUGUCUAGUACUGGACUGCCGCUCUUUUUUCGCUUUUAGCGCUAGCCACAUUACGGACUCUACCAAUGUUCGGCUCAGUACAAUUGUGAAACGGCGCGCAAAAGGGUCGCUCGGACUUGAGCAUGUCGUGCCUCCUGAAGAGGCGCGUCGCCGACUCCUGGCGGGCUUGUACGAGGCAGUGAUCGUGCUGGACGAGCGCGGAGGUGACCUGGACUCAUUGAGGAAAGACAGUAGUGUCAUGGUGGUUUUGAAUAUUUUGUCCAGAGAAGUCUCAAGUACUCGCAUUCACUUCCUCAAAGAUGGCUUUGAGUCAUUUUCCUGUGAAUUUCCUGAAUUUUGCAAGAAAACAUCACCUCCUCAGAGUCUGAGCCUACCUUUGAGUGCAGGCAGUCAACCUGGCAGUGCCGAAUCGGGGUGCAGUUCCUGUGGAACUCCUCUCUAUGAUCAGGGUGGUCCUGUUGAAAUAUUGCCAUUCCUGUACCUGGGUAGCGCUUACCAUGCAUCUAGAAAAGACAUGCUUGAUGCUCUAGGCAUAACUGCUUUGCUGAAUGUCUCUGCAAACUGCCCCAAUCACUUUGAAGGACACUACCAGUACAAAACCAUUCCAGUAGAAGACAGUCACAAGGCUGACAUCAGCUGUUGGUUUAACGAAGCUAUUGAUUUCAUAGAUUCUGUCAGAAAUUCUGGAGGACGAGUGUUUGUCCACUGCCAGGCUGGUAUCUCUCGUUCAGCUACUAUCUGCCUUGCCUACCUCAUGCGGACAAACAGAGUUAAACUGGAUGAAGCAUUUGAAUUUGUGAAACAAAGGAGAAGUAUCAUAUCCCCUAACUUUAGCUUCAUGGGCCAACUUCUGCAGUUUGAGUCUCAGGUUUUAGCCCCGUCUUGCUCGGCUGAAGCUGGGAGCCCUGCAAGAGCCAUAUUAGACAGAAACACACCAACAGCCACAGUCUUCAAUUUCCCUGUCUCCAUUCCUGUCCAUUCUAAUGCAAGUUUCCUCCAGAGUCCCAUCACUACAUCACCAAGCUGCUAAAUCCUUGAAAUACUCAGAAACUGUGCAUCUAUGGGGUCCUCCCCAUUUCUUCUUAAGUGCAAUAUUUUUGUAAGACAUUAUUUAUUUUUAGUAGAUUUUCCUUACUGUUUGUUACACAGUUGUAAAAUUGCACUGUGCCAUUUUGUCAUGCAGAUUUGUUUAAUGCCUGAAAGGACUUAAAAGAUUGACCUUUACUCAUUGUGGAAGCCACAAAGUAAAUUUGCUUCCUCUACCAUUGAGCACUUUGGAACUGAAGUGGAAUAGAGAAGAGAGCAGCUGUUGUCUUCAAAGUCCUUGAGGAAAUGCACUGUCACUAUACAUAAUUGACUGAAGCUGCAUUUGAAUUAUUUGACACUUGAAGCACCAAACAUUUACAGAAAUUACCUCAGUAUUGCCUGGAUGUUGCAAUAUACCUGUACAUAUUUUUUACUAUUGAGACAUACUGAAGCACUAAAACAGAAUUUUGUGAAGGUAUGAGUGUCAUUGAAGGGAUGGAUAUCUGCUGUAUGACUGGCUUUUCUAAUUUAUUUAUAAUCUUAAUAUUAUAAUAUUUUUUGCUACAUUUUCUUACUGUUUUUAUACAACUGAUUUUUAUACUGGUGGAAUAAAUUAUUAAAAUUACAUUGAAAAAA